CAAACAUUGCGCACUUUGGGAAGCCGUUGGAGACGACUUGCGCGUUAUUGCGCUCUGAGUUGCGCACCGUGCAUAUACCUUAGUAUACAGAACGUUCCUUGCAUGGAUAUACAUGGAUAUGAUAGUUCAGUGUUAAUGUCUUGCCUUAUGGAUUGAACUUUUGUGUAUUUUGCCGUUAUUUCGUUGGCAAAGGAAUUCUCCAACUUGUGCCUACAAAACGCCCAGAAACAUGUGGAGAUUCACGACUCUGUUGGCUUGUCUUCUGGUUGUGUUGAAUGAUGUCCACGCUCAGAGCAAGAUCUUCGGGGACUCUGAUCAGGUGCGUAUGACGUCGGAGGGCUCCGACUGCCGCUGCAAGUGCAUCAUGCGUCCGUUGACCCGGGACGCCUGCCAGCGGCUGAAGACAGGCAGAGCGCGCGUGGAGGACUUCUACACCGUGGAGACGGUCAGCUCCGGGUCCGACUGCAAGUGCUCCUGCACGGCCCCGCCCUCCUCGCUCAACCCCUGCGAGAACGAGUGGAAGAUGGAGAAGCUGAAGAAACAGGCCCCGGAGCUCCUCAAGCUCCAGACGAUGAUUGACGUGCUGGAAGGAACUCUGUACAGCAUGGACAUGUUGAAGGUCCACUCCUACAUCAACAAGGUGGUGACCCAGAUGAACACCCUGGAGGAGACCAUCAAGACAAACCUGACACGAGACAACGACUUUGUCCGUGACAGCAUGGUGACUCUGACCAAUCAGUUCAAGCGGUACGAGAACUACUCCAACGUCAUGAUCAGCAUCAAGAAGGAUAUCUCCAGCCUGGGACUGCAGCUCCUACAGAAGGACUCCACGGAGAACAGGGAGCAGGGAACGGCUGAAGAGAAGAUCAAGGAUGGAAAGGCCAGUCCCAAAAAGUCGGCUAGUCCUAAAGCAGCCAAAGAGAAGCCGGUGAAGCCCAAGAAAGAGCUGUCAAAGCCGGCCAAACCCACCAAGCCAGACCCCGGCUCCAAGGAGAAGGUGCUAGGACACCAGCCCGGGGUGAUUCGGGGGAUUACCUAUUACAAGGCCUCCAAGAGCGACCACGACGACCACGGCACUGCUGGGAGAGACCACUCCGCCAAGACCCACAACGUCCACCAAAUCAAAGGCAGCCAGUCGGAGGAGACGGAAACAGAGCUGGUCCUGGAGAACCUGGAGAUGAACACAGCCCCGCCUGAGGACAGCGAUGAAGACCCCACCACCUCCUUCACUACCACCGCCUCCACCACCACCACCACCACUCGAAAGACUACCACCUCCACCACCACCACCAUGGUGCCCACCUCCUCUACCCCCAGGAUUGAGAGGCCAGCACCGACUAUAGUGUUGACACUGGACAACUCGGACAACAACAGCCAGCCACUCCUCCACAGAGCAGGGAAGAUCAUGGAGUGUGAGGGGACGCUGCAGUCCAUCGAAGCCCCGGUGAAGCAGCACUCGUACGGACGCAACGAGGGAGCCUGGAUGAAGGACCCGCUCGCCAAGGUUUCCAAGAUCUACGUCACCAACUAUUACUACGGCAACAACCUCAUCGAGUUCCGCAACCUGGAGAAUUUCAAACAAGGUCGCUGGAGCAACCUCUACAAGCUGCCCUACAACUGGAUCGGCACGGGCCACGUGGUCUACAACGGCGCCUUCUACUACAACCGGGCGUUCACCAAGAACAUCAUCAAGUACGACCUGCGCAUGCGCUACGUGUCGGCCUGGACCCUGCUCCACGACGUGGUCUACGAGGACACCACCCCCUGGAAGUGGAGGGGCCACUCGGACAUCGACUUUGCGGUGGACGAAAGCGGGCUGUGGGUCAUCUACCCGGCCAUGGACUACGACUACUACCAGCACGAGGUGAUCAUGAUCAGCCGGCUGGACCCCGGCGACCUUUCAGUCAAGAAGGAGACCACUUGGCGGACGGGGCUGAAGAGGAACUCGUACGGGAACUGCUUCAUCAUCUGUGGCGUACUCUAUGCCGUGGACACGUACAACCAGAAGAACGGCGAGGUGAGCUACGCCUACGACACCCACACCAGCACAGAGGCCGUGCCGCACCUGCCCUUCGUCAACGAGUACGCCUACACCACGCAGAUCGACUAUAACCCCAAGGAGAGGCUGCUGUAUGCCUGGGACAAUGGCCACCAGCUCACGUACCGCGUGGCCUUUGUGGACGAGUGAUGAGAGACGAUUCGUGGCUCCUGGGUGUUCAGUAUUGGGGACCUGCCAUCUCGUGAGGCUUUUCAGUAGGAGAUAUAAAGGGGUUCACGUCCUUUUUGGACAACCUAGCUAAGCAGCUAUUCUGGGAUGAGAUGGACGAAGGAAGGAUUUUUUACACAACUACUAGGCCUACUCGCUUGUUUGGUGGUUUACCUGCAUAACAGGAAAGAAAGUGUCAACUUUUUUAACGCAAACCUUGCAAAGCUAGUGAGUGGAAAGGCACAGAAUUAUUAAGGAUGUUGUUUACACAUUUCUGAGCUAUCAUCAGGUAUAUUUGGACAUGGGACACAAAUCAUAAACACUCUGCCGGUGUAGUUUCAGUAAACCCUCCACAUGUUCCAUGAAGCACUUUCCAGAAGUCCAAUGUUUUUAUCUCAAGUUACAGCCUGACAAUUUAUCAUUGUUGUCGUUUUGAAGGAUGUGUUGAAUAUAUUCUAUGAAGAUAAAGCAUCCAUGUCUGUUAAAUUCUGCCUGUAUGACAGAUUUUUAUUUUUCUGUUUUUAAAAAAUGUAUAUGGUGUGUCUUUACAAAAGCCUGUGUUGCUGUUGCUGUUCAUGUAUUUUCAUAACCACGAUUAUGGUCGUAAUAACUAUUGAAGAAUAGAGGUACCUUCCCCUCAAUGGAAGAAACAAAUGAUAAUCUAAGAUAUCUAAAUCAUCAAUAUUACUGUACUGUACUGCCAUGUGGAAAACUGUACUGUAGUCCUGUACUAUACUGCCAUUUUGAAGACCCUAGAUUGCAAAUGUCCUCAACUCUAUAAAAAAUGCUUAACAGACUGGCCGUAUAAAAAUCUUUUUAACGAGAUUAGUUCAAUGUGGUAAAAUGAUGAUCCAAUGCCUCCAUUACUGUAUUUGACACAUUCAGCCUAAUGUCUUGUUCCCUUCUGGCCAUUUGUAAUGUUUAAUCGAAAAAGGACAUGCCAAAUACAUUAACUGUGUUCACUUACAGUGUUGCGAA